UGGAUAAACGCGCUCUAGGAGGAGUUUGCGCUGCGGAAGUGCGUCGUGAGGCUGUCAAAAGGCGCAUUUGUGACCCGCGUCUCUGCUGCUCCAGCUGUCCCUGUUGCGGGGAUUUCUCUCACAUCAUGUCGGAGUCCAUCAAAAACGUCGCGAUUUUUGGAGCCACGGGAAUGACCGGACUGGCUACCCUCCCGGUGGCGGUGUCUGCAGGGUACAACGUGACGGUGCUGGUCCGGGACCCGGCGAAGCUCCCUGCCGACCACAAAGCUGCCAGAGUGGUGGUGGGAGACGUGCUGAAUAAAGACCAUGUGAGGGAAACUCUGGAGGGUCAAGAUGCUGUCAUCAUCAUCCUAGGCACCAGAAAUGACCUGAGCCCAACCACCAUGAUGUCUGAAGGCACCAAGAACAUCGUGGAAGCCAUGAAAGCACGAGGAAUUACCAAAGUCAUCGGAUGCAUGUCAGCUUUCCUUCUUUGGGAUCGCUCUAAAGUCCCACCCCGCCUGCUUGCUGUAACCGAAGAUCAUGACAGGAUGUACACCGUGCUGAAAACAUCAGGACUGGACUAUGUGGCUGUUAUGCCUCCUCACAUUGGUGAUGACCUUCCUCUGACCGAGAGUUACUCCGUGAGUGAGAAUAUGCUGAGAGGACGAGCCAUCUCCAAACAUGAUCUGGGACAUUUCUUUGUCAAGUGUCUGUCCACCUCCGAGUGGGAUGGGAAGACUGUGGGGGUGUGGGGACAGUACAAAUAGUCUGAAACUAAAACACUGCAGACGUUGGGCCUUUUAUCUUCCUGCAGCUGAGUGGCUGUUUUAAAUUUCCAGUUAACACAAAACGAAAAAGAAUAUUCAGAGACAAAUUAAGUGUGUGUGUGUGUGUGUGUGUGUGUGUGUCCUUACUUUUGAUCUUAUCCAGCUUUUCUGGUUGUUGAAAAUAAAAAUAGAUUGUAUGCUGUGUCGUGGGGAUGAGCUGCAACGCUGCCACCAGUGAUUUUAGAAAUGAAGUCUAUAGGAAAAAUAAGAAUGAGUUUAGUUUUUCUACUAUUGUAACACUACCUUUAAACAGCAGUAACGAAAAACUAAGGUACACAUUUGGACACAAUUUUAUGAUGAUUGUAUAAAAUCUUAUCUUUCAGUUUUACUUUAAAAUAAAACAAGAAGAAUUGAAAAUAAAUUUACAAAACCUUCCCCAACCAUUUCAUUGCACUGAAGCAGAUGCGGUGUUUCCAGCCAAAAUAUGAUGUAAAACGUUCACACAUUCUGUUUGUUUGUUUGUGAUAAAAAUAAAAAAUAACUGGAUAAAUAUAUAAUGUAUUAAAUGUGUCGUGAGUAUAAAGAUGUUAGUUAAAAUUAUACAUGAUUGUUUCACGAUGUUGCUUUUAUGUUUGUUUAAAUAAAAGAACUUUACAUUUGA